AUGGACUUUGGAGGACUUUUAAGACUGAGCUGGCAGCAGCGGCCUGUCUGGGGCGAUUCCCGGCGAUCUCAGCAUAAUCCCCCACUUCCGCCCCUUCUCUCCGUUCCCCACUUACCCCCGACCCCCUUCCACUGCUGCCAUCACAGUGAGCUGGCCAGCAGCGGCCUGUCUGGGGCGAUUCCCGGCGAUCUCAGCACAAUCACCAACCUGAAGCAUCUUGACAUGAGCAACAACAGCCUCAAUGGCUCCAUCCCUGAUGCUGUCUCCAACCUCCAGGCCCUCACCCUCCCUCCCAACACUUCCCCCCGUCUCAUCUCUUCACCUAUCCCCCCAUCCCCUGCGGCAUGCGCCAGUGACAUGCAUAACAACAGCCUCAACGGCUCCAUCCCUGAUACCAUCUCCAACCUCCAAAGCCUCACAGAUCUGUAA